UUGUGUUAUUCCGUUAUUCCCUCAGCUUAGUCUCCAUUCUUUCUCUGGAUGAACGGCUGAUCCCAUGUCACUGCCUGUUCACUUCUAUUUAUUGAUGUUUCUCCUUCAUCCUGUCAAUCUCCCUACCAAUUCCUAAACACCCCCAUACAGAUACAUGUCGUUAUGGACAUCGAUCCCUACGCCGUUCUGGCUGUCCCUAAAGACGCCACCUUACCUGAAAUCAAGUCGGCCCAUCGGAAACUCGUGACCAAUUUCAACGGGUUCAGCAGGCCUACGAAUUGCUCUCCGAUCCCUCCCGCAGAACCAAAUAUGACCAGAAGGUCCGCCUGGCCGAGUUGCGUCGCGAGAUGAAGGACCAGCACCCAUAUGCCUCGCCCCGUGCUGGUGGCAAUGUCCGUGAAUAUCGCGAUGGUCGGAUCUACGAAGAGCGCAUGCCGGCUGAUUAUUUUGAUGAUGGAUUCUACCAUUCUCCCGAUGAGAAGGCUUCCCGAGGCACGUCUCGCAAGCACGAUGACUAUGGUCGGAGGCCUCGUGCCGAAGAGAGAAGGAAACCCAGGCCGACGACCACCACCAGCAGUCCGUUCAAUCCCUUCCGCGCCGCCAAAGAGGCGGCUGCUCGUGAUAGUGCAAAGACGACCCAUUCCACUCGGGACAAGUCCCGAACCAAGGAACGACGGCGGGAAGCUUACGAGAAAUACGAAAAUGUGUAUGUCGACUCCGAUGCCUCGGGUUAUGACUCUGAGCCCUCGCGAAUCUACGUGCGACCGUCGGAAUCGAGGAAAGCGAGUCCAGACAAGCGGUCGGGUUCCUCUCCUCACAAGCCCAGAAGUAGCAGCACUCAUCCUGCGACCGAAUCGCGACGAUUCCAGCCUGAGGUGGUGGAGGAGGAAGACGAUGAAGACUCGGAUCAAUACGAGACCAAACACGACAAACUGCACACCACCGCUCGCGACUAUAUCAUGCGCUCCAAAGGAAACGCGCCCAUCGAGAUCGACUCCCGUCAGCGUCCUUCCCGCUCGCCACAGCGACCGCGCGAGCACACUGAACCCCCAGCAUCGGAAUCAGCACGCUCAAGCGCAACUCCACGAGCCAAACAUUCCAGUCGCGAAAGCGUGCGACCAUCUUCGUCCCGGAAUAGCUCGUACGAGCAUCUGGAGCCGUCGACUGCCCAUCCACCACCGCCACGGGCCCAUUAUGAGACUUUCAAGGUGCCCCCUAUGCCCACCGCGGCCACAUCACCAGCAGCGAAAGCCGCCUCGUCUGCAACUCGACCAACUCUGCAGCCCUCCCGGUCGGCUACCACAGCAGCCGCAUACUCUCGUUCCACCUCGAAGCGUGAUUCCGCCAAUUUCCUCGUGAACAUGGUCUACGCCGAUGGCACCUCGCGAUCAUCCAGAGUCCGCAGCACAGACCGCUAUGACUCGGGAUACUCCAGCCCCGGCACCCCAGACAUGCACGGUACCAGUCCACCCAAGACCUCAACCCGCUACAAGAUCGUCACCGAACCAGAACCCCUCCGCGAGGUCCCGCCCACUCCACCAAUGGCUUCGACUUCAUCGCGCUACCAACGCGGCUACUCCCCACCUCGUGCUCACCCUCACGCUGCUCACGCUGCUCACUCCCACACUCACCCGCUCGCUACCCCAGAGCGCCCCUCUUUCUCCACGAGAGCAGCCGCAAAACCCAUUCGAAGCCACACGACCUACGCGCCGGAAUCGCGCGGCCCCCGGCCAAUGUCCUCUGCUCCCCGUCCGUUAUUCGGACAGAAGGAUAAGCCAGACGUCAAGUACGCUCGUGAGUACGGGCCAGAUGAUGUGGUCUAUACCGCGCGGGAUCCGUACAAUCAUCCUCACGGCCCGUCUAGGGCUUAUUCGUACGAUGAUUACCAGACGGCGUCGAGACGUCAAUCGACGUAUGCGUAGAGGUCGCCUCACCUAUCAGAAACAGAUCUAACGGUCCGACUACGAUAUCGGUCGUUUUUAUACUUGCAUGCAUUUUCUCCUCUCUUUGCUUUGCAUCGAUUCGAUUCUUUUGCAUUGACUUUUCAUUUCUUUUGUCUAUAUUCUUCCACACAUUUACGAUUUAUCACACGCAUAUCUCCUACCACCUACCUACCCGCUCACUCUCACCUACCUAGAAUGUUUAUACGAUCUACCUAUCUUUGCAUCGCAUCUACCAUCUACUUCACGAUCCACUACCAUCUAUCGAAUCUGGUUGGCGUUCGGUUCCAUGAUUGUCUUCUCUUCUCAUUUCUUUUUCUUUUCAUCUUUUUUUCUUUCCAAUC